UUAGCAGAGGCACCGAAGCGCUUUCAAAACACAACUUUUAUCCCUGCUGGUUUUAAUGUCUUUUUAUGCCGAUUAAACUGCAAAAUGACUGCUUGAGCAGUGUAUUAUCUUACAACACAGACUCCUAGUGGUUGAGUGAUGAGGACACACUCCCUUUAAUAACGUGGUUGCACGCCAUCCAACCCCGAAUUUCGAUGCAUUGAGUAACGUUAGCCUAGCAGGCUAACCUCCCAUUCGAAUAGCAGAUGGUAACAUUUUGGUUGUGCUAACCUGCAGUUAAUUGGGGCAUCAGCCCACCGGAUUUAAGACAUACAGAAUGACCUGCCCUCCAAGCAAGCGCCUCAGAGGCCUCAACCAGGACAUUCCCAAGGCCGACGCUUUCGAUGAUGACGACUUCACUCAGGAUGACCUGGAUGAGAUUGACACCAUCGCCUCGCAGGCCAUCAACUCGACAGCGGCAUCAUGUUUCGGGUCCAAAGCGGGGGAGCACGGCCAUGGUUCGGGGUUCCGCUCAUCCACCUGGCCGAGUGCACUGCUGAGCAGAGAGAACAUGGCCGGCUUCGGUGGCAAAAGAGGAAAUUUGGGGGACCCUCUUGGAAACAGGCAACAGCAGUUCGGGCCAGAGGGAGGCGACUCCUACAGCCUGCUGGAGGCUCAGCAUGCAGAACUCAAGAGGAAGCUGAAGGAGGUGGAGGAGGAGAUAGUGUUGAAAAAUGGGGAGAUCCGGGUCCUGAGGGACUCCCUGAGAGGAGUCCAGCAGGAAAAGGAGGCCCAGAGACAGAACCUUGUUCUGUUGGAGACGCAGAAGCAGAGAGAGCAGAGCGACAGAGAGAAGGAACUCAACAAGAAGGUUCAGUCGCUGCGAUCGGAGCUGCAAUUCAAAGAAUCUGAGAUCAUGGAGAUGAAAAGCAAACUGCUGAGCGCGGACAGAAACAAAAUGGCUUCUCCAAUUCCGAGAAACAGCCCCAAAGUGCUCAAUGGCCUUGGCCAGUUGUAUCACGAGAGUGGCAGCAGCGCCUCCUCUCCAACAGGAAACGGUUUUAUCACCAAAGAGAUGUUCGCGGCUCAGGUCCCAUCCAGAAACACGCCAGUGAAAACCCCCGUGAAAUCAUCGGGCAAGACGCAUAGGCAAAGUGAGUUACGAGCAGACAGACCGGCAUCCUGUGGCAGAUCGGUUGACAACCAGGAAGUAGCCUGCCCUGACCCAUUCCAGGCCAUCAGACCUGCAUACCAGCAGCAUCGAGGUGGCGUCCUGUUGGGCUUGUUGCUGCAGCAUCCUUUAUCUCCCAGCAGCCUGUGCCUCUCUCACAUGCUGUCUAUGAGCCUGACUGACGUCAGCUCGUCGGCCCCGUGGGACUUCAGCGGACUCCCAGCUGGCUCUUUGCGCCACAACACCACUGCAGCCGGCAUCAGCGGGACUAGAAGCGGAGCUCCCCGAGCUACCCUCAGUCCUGUCCAGAGUCUGGCCAUAACAGGACUCAACAUGCUGAGUCAAAGUCGAGCUGGAACCUCAGCCAGCACCACAGAGUACAGUUGUCCUGGAGCUGUGCUUCUCCUCCCACUGCUGGACCUGCACUUAUCUGGCCUCAGUCAGGCUCUGGAUGCUCCAGGAGUUACCUCUGGUUCCUUAGAAGGUCUGCGGGAAAGCCGUGCACCUGCUGCGGGACCAGGGUCGCCGGACGAGGCAGGCUACAGCCUGGAAGACACCGGGCUGGUGGUGCUAAGGCUCCUCUCCCUGCUGCUGGCCCACAGCGACGAGGUGGUCCAAGCGGUUCUGUCCACACCGUGUGAGAGUGACAUCGAAAACAAGGCUGACUCAUCUGCAGCAAGUGACGGUCUACACUCCCACAGUACCUUGCUGCAGUCAGUGUUGCGCCUUUGCCGUGCUGGAAUUGGAGGCAGUAGCAGCAGCACACAGUGGCAGGAGCUCGUCAUCAGCGCCCUCAAGACAGUGCGCGUCCUGACGGAGAGAACACCACACACACAUGCCGACCGGCUGCAGUGUGUCUUGCAAGUGAUGUGUGCAUCCGUGUCGGCUGAUGCCAAGCCACGGGCUCUCACAGAGUGCGUUUUAGUCCUUGUGGCCCUGUGUGACCACACCUCACUGACUCGGCAGCUCUGCUCUCAGCACGAGCCCUGCGUAAUCCUGAAACUGCUGCAGUAUGUGCGAAACAGACCAGCCAAGCAGACAUGGCAUGCGGAGCUCAUUCUGCUGGAACUGCAGGUGGUUCGAUUGUUGAAGCGACUCACACAAACGGCAGAGGGCUGGAUCCACAGGCAGUCCAGCAACUGCUGCCAAUGCUACACUGAGCUGGUUCAGACAGUGGUGAUCAUCUUGCACCGUCAGUGGAUGGAUCUCCAGGACUUUCCAGAGCUGAUGGACAGGUUGCCAGACCUCAGACCAUGCCUUGAUGUCCGUUCACCGGCGUGGUCCCUGCUCAGGGAAUGCAUGCAGCUGCUACACUGGCUGCUCCACCAUCACAGCAGCUUCUCAGCCAGCUGCCGGCCGCUGCUGCACAUGUACGACCAGGUGAUCCCGGCUCUGCGGGACACCCUGAGGAAGAUCCCCGAGCUGAGCGAGAGUGAAGAGUUGGCGUUGGAAGAAAUCUGCCGUCCAGAAGGUGAUGACACAGAUGACAUGGAUGCGGAUUUUGGCUCCUGAGUGAUUCACUGACAAGCAGCAGUGAUAAAGACACUUGUGAUACUAUUAACGUAUUAUCUGCUAUGAAGCUGAGCAAGACAAGCAGAAGACAACUCUUACUCUUUAUCAAUAAGACAUCAAGAUACAUUUAAUCCACAAUUCAACUUUUGACUUCAUUGCCUAGUUACUAUGAACAGUUCAAUGGCCCAAAAGUGGUACAAUUUGGAAAACGUCAAAAUCAACUUCAUCAUGCCUGACUCGAGAAUCUGAAAGAUUAAAUCCACAAGUGGGUUUUGCUUUUUUCUUUGUUUUUUUGGGGGAUGCCGCCACACAAGCGUGGUCAUGGCAAAGAAGAAAAGUAUGAUGACAACCAUAGAACCAGAAAUGGAACUUACUGUGACAUCUGUAAACUAAGGUGGACACAUGGUCAAAACAAUUAUUAAUUACAUACACAACAUUUAUUGUACCAAGCAGAUGCUCAUACAUAUAGUAUAUAUGCUGUCCAGGAGCUGACUGGUCAUACUGAUGGAGGACUCAUCAGGAGCAUUCCCCAGAUGUUUUAGGGAGUGCAUUCAGGCAGAUGGACUCAGCCACAUUAUGAGUCGUCCAGUAAAUUAACAGAAGUAUCAGCAUGAUUUGAUGAAUGAUCAACUGGCUGUCUCUAACAGGAACACUACUGUGCAACAUUACUGGAAUAAAAGUACACAAAAGCAAAGAUCAUCUCUGGAGCGUUUUGUGAAACACGUUUAUUCCUCAUGUAGUCAGGUCUUAAGUGGUCAGGCCUCUCAUGUUUGGCUAGUUCCAGGUCAGUCAUUCAUCAACAGCAUCAUGUGGUUUGCGGGCCAUCUUUUUCCGUGAAGCAAUAAAUAGUCAAAAAAGAUUUUGUGAACCAAAAUGUUAAGUUUCCACACAGAGGUUGUCACAAAACUUUUGUAUGUAAAUACAGUACAACCUCCAACGCCUUAAAGC